AGUCGCACGCAAGCGUCGCAACGUAUGCACGUAGGCUGAUCCGACCGAUCGUUAGAGUCGGAAAAAAUCGGUACGCGCGCGUGAUCGGGCUUGAAAACGCGGUGAAAAAUGUGUCGAUGUUGCUCGAGGAAGUGUCACCCCGAACAAGUGAAUUAUUCGACGCGGCCUACGUGCAGCCAGGAGGGAAAGUCCCGAGGGAGCGAGGAUCGGGCGAUCUGAACCGCGUGACAACAUACGUGGAUCGACUCACAUGGCGAGUUAUUCGCGAGGACGCACGUCCAGGCAAUCCGAUGACACAAUGGACGAUGAUAUUGACGAUAAGGAUGACACAAAACGAAAAUCCCGGAAUUUAAGCGAGAAGAAGCGCCGAGAUCAGUUCAACAUGCUCGUGAACGAGCUUGGAAGCAUGGUCGGUUCGAACGCGCGAAAAAUGGACAAGUCUACCGUAUUAAAAUCCACAAUACUAUUCCUGAGAAACCAUAAUGAAAUAGCUGUACGAUCGAGGGUGCACGAAAUCCAAGAAGAUUGGAAACCAUCAUUUUUAUCCAACGAAGAAUUCACGCAUCUCAUAUUAGAGGCUCUGGACGGUUUUAUAAUGGUAUUUUCUUCAAGCGGGCACAUUUAUUACGUGUCUGAAAGUGUUACAUCUCUACUUGGGUAUCUCCCAAACGAACUGGAAAACACGACCAUCUAUGAUAUUACUUAUCAGGAUGACCAGUCUCCCCUUUACAACGUCCUACUGAAUCCUGCCAACACGAGAGAUCGGCGAAAUAUUGAAAAGGGGGAUCAAAUAUCUUUCUCGUGUCACAUUAAAAGGGGUGGAUUGAACGUUCAGGAGAACCCAGUAUACGAACUCGUACAAUUCGUCGGAUAUUUUCGGUCCGAUGUUGAUGCAGAGGUAGAUACUUUGCUCCCAAACACCAAGUAUGGCAACACCGGUGGACUAGAUAUGAAAUUGGUUUUCGUGGGCACAGGGCGGCUCCACACGCCACAAUUGAUCCGGGAAUUGUCCGUGAUGGACAACACCAAGUCAGAGUUCACGUCCCGCCAUAGUCUCGAGUGGAAAUUUCUGUUUCUGGAUCAUCGAGCGCCUCCCAUCAUCGGCUACCUGCCGUUCGAAGUGCUGGGCACAUCCGGUUACGAUUAUUACCACGUGGACGACUUGGACAAGGUUGUUACCUGCCACGAAUCACUGAUGCAGAAAGGCGAAGGAACCUCCUGCUAUUACAGGUUCCUCACGAAAGGCCAGCAGUGGAUUUGGUUACAGACUAGAUUCUACAUCACGUACAAUCAGUGGAACUCGAAGCCGGAGUUUAUCGUAUGCACUCAUUAUGUCGUUAAUUACAUCGACGUGAUUAAAGAACUGCGCAAGGAGUCGGCGAGCUUCAACAAGAACCAAAACCAGGACGUUCUGAUCCCGGUGAAGCAACAACAGGUAACGACGUCCUGUCCUGUUCCGUCGACCCAAUGGCCGGCGAAAUCGCCCAACGCGUCGAAAUCGGUGGCGUCGAACACACGAUCGCGACAUCAAGUCGAAAGUUCUGAUAGCUCUUCGAUAUCCACUUCCAUACAAAGCUCUUCGCACUCGCAAAUAACGCGAGUCUCGCGAUCGAAGGUCGCCCCGUCGAAUAAUUUGGUAGCUUCGAAGGCUCAGAUCGGCCCGAUCGACAACAGACAACAACCGCAGCAACAAUCUCAGUUCGAGGUCGAUCAGAGUUGUAUAGGCUUUAUGGAACAGGCGCCGUACGCGACGAUUAAUUUGCAACCGGUGGUCAGUACGAGUUUCACGACUCCAACCGCGCCGAUUAUUUCGACCAUUCCGACCCACGAGAUGUUGCAUCAGCAAGGUAUCGUGAUGACACCGGUGCAGAAUCAAAUCCAAGACGAGCUGCAACGCAAACACGAGGAACUGCAGCAGCUGAUAGUGCACCAGCAGGAGGAACUCAGGAAAGUGUCGGAACAACUGUUUAUCGCUAGAUACGGAAUCUUAUCGCCAUUGCUCAAUGCGGGAAUACCGUACAAUGCUACAAACACGUGCCAGCAAAUGAAUAGAUGCAACACGAAUAAUUCGAACGUGCAGUUGCCCAUGUCGAGCAACAUACAGGGUGUAAACAUCCUUUCGUUGCCGAUCACGGUUCCGGUGCCUAUAGUAUCCACGGAAUUGUUUUCCCAACCGUUACCAGUCAGUCCAGUGCCAAUAGUGUCGACCACGGCCCAAGGGAACGUCGGUACGAUGAUCCAAUCGCAGCAACCGGAACCGACGCAGCAGAACGGAAACCCUCCAGAUCUCGUGCCUUUCCAAAUCUGUCCACCCCAAACGGACAUGCUGUACAACGACAUCGAGCCAGCCGCGAGACAGCAACAGGGACCUUCUCAGAAUUGAAUCGCAUUCCGUCACACAUUCCAUCGAAACCUAGAAACAAAAUACUCGCCCAGUACACGAUUCGCGAGACUAAUCGUUAGACACGCGAGACGGCCAUUUUUCCACGACUGUGUCCGCGUCUGUUACCAUAGAACGAAUUACCGAGCUUGAUUUUAUAUUUUCCGAGGAACGAGAUCUCCCAAUCGUGACGCAAAUUGGACGGAUCGUGAAAAAUUUCCUAGUACAUAUCUUUGUUCGAUUAACAAACGAAUCGUUCGAUGGAGUUCGGUUAAACUUUCAUUCGUUCCGCGCAGGGCUGUGACAAGUGGUAAGCGAAAUCGAAAGCCAUGUUACGAAGAGCGUCCGCCAACGUGCUUGAAAUCAAACGAUUAAAUUUAUACUUCACCGUCCGCAUAGUUCGCGUAAAAACUUCGCAUACGUUCGCGAAAGUAGUUGCAUUUCGCUUCAUGGAAAAAGAUUCGUUAUCGAAGUUCAAUGAAAAGCAAUAUUUUUUAACUUUCACACGUGCAUGGAAAAUAUUCUUAAAAAUUCGUAGCUAACAAAAUUCUUUUUAAUUUAUGUUCGAUGUAUCUUGAAAGUAGCAGUUUUUUAAAUUGCUCUGGAAUGCUUUCAUUAGAUUUUUGUUAUGGAUGUAUUUAAAUUUCAAUAUUUAAGUAAAUGCCAGGAAUAAAUGAGAACUUAAGAAAUCGAAUAUUAAGAAAAUGCAAAAGUAUGAAAAAAAAUUAGUUUAAACGUGAAAAGUGAAUUUUAAAACAAAUUUAUGUAGCACAAACAACGAUUUAAUUUUUGUUUAAGUUUCAGUUCGAUCUGUAUGCGAAGUUUUUUAUGGAUUGCAUAGAGCAGUGGUUCUCAAUUUAUGGACUACGGAUCCCAGGGGGGCUCCGCGAAUUUCUAUACUAAAUAUUUAUUUUUUGUUUCAAACGUUACAUUAAAAAAUAUUAAUUUUACCCUUUCCGUAAUUUGAAACGAUAUCUACUGUACUAUAAUGAAUCUUUUCAUGUGUUGAAGUCACUAUUGUGUCUUGAACCGAGGGAUUAUAACCUCUCUUAGGUAACUGUGAAUUUCUUUAGAAAAUGAAAUUUGCGACAUCCAAAAAUAUUACAGGCCCCUAUUUAAUUCAACUAAUAUUUUGACGCGCAAUUUUGAGAAUGGGUUCGUAGAAAGAAGAGGUUGAGAACCUACUGUCAUAGAGGGUAGUUUAAUUCACUUACGAGAGUACAAAACGCUUCUGGAAUUACUUGAACUGAUCUCCGAUGAAAAAUGUUACGUUCCAGGUAGCCUAAUUAUUUUUGUUAUGACGUUCACGACAUGACUAGAGGAAACGGGGACCCGCGUUUUCGGAAACAGGGUAUAUUUACAUAUAUUCGUGCGUGUAUGUACACGAGGAGAAAGGAAAAAAGUAAUAUAUUUUGUUGUAAAUGUAUAUUGAUAGACUUUUCAUAUGUAUUGGUACUGUAGAGAACGAUGUGUAUUAUAACCGUGAAUGUGGUAUCGAAAUCGUUAUAUUUUGUAAUUGUUAUUAGAUUAUGCAUACAACGCGAAGACUAAUCGCAAGGGACGUGUCUGAUCUGGGACUAUGUAUAUUAAGACAAUUUUCCUCUCAUGAUUGUACAAGACACGAAAAUUGGAAGAUAUACAAUACAUACAUAUCCAAUGUGCAAAUAAAUAAAUAAAAGUUCCUAGAAA